CCCUAACCAAGAGCGGAAAUACAUCUCCCUCCCUCCUCUCCCAAUCGUCUCAUUCUGAGAGUCUACCAACCUCUUGAUUCGUCCGGAGGCCUCAAAAUUGCCGACGGCCCUAGACUACGACAUACUGCCAAUCAUAAGACGGCAGUUAUUGUUUGGACCCCCCUUUAUACCGAAACUCCCCCCCCUGAUUAUACUCUCACGGAUUCUCCUAUCACCUACCCGCGCUGUCUGUUUGCUUGGGAUGGGGGAUAUUUUCGCCACGAAAGCACCCUUCUCAGCAGUAUCUAGCAUUUGAUCCGUCUGCUAACUUCAGGGACCAUCAGUCAGGAGAUGAUAUUGUAGCUCGACUUCCCCCCCCGACCUUAUACUCGCCAUUCAACCCACAUAGGCCGUAUACAGGCCGUCUUGAGCGUAGGUUUCAGGCACCAGUAACCACUGAAGGUACGCGGUUCCACCCUCUUGUCCCGUGUCUUCCUUCUGAAGUCGAGUUCCGCAAACCCUCCCCCGCCACCGGCAUUCUCAACAUCCGCCAAGUCGCCUUCUCGUUAAACCAAUGUCCUCGAUACCAUUUCCGAUACCUAUGCCUGGACCAACCUAAAAGCUAGAGGGUUCACUACGCCAGCCUUCCUUUCCUGCCCGAGGAGGAAACAGGGGGCGAAAAUCCGCUCACGAUAUAUAGAGGUCAUCAUCAGCGUCGUCCCUGGGCCUUGUUUGCCCGAGAUGGAUUAUCCGAAGGAUAUCGGCGUCACGCCCGUCCCGAACUUGCUGGACCAGUACUCCGAGAAACUCCAGCACGCGUAUUUCCUCGAGCCGGAACAUCCCACGAGGGCUGGUGGGGCCGGCAACAUUCUCCAGAGCGCCGAAGACAUCGAGCUGGAACUAGCCGUCGCUGCAAGAUACGAGUCUUUCGGGUCCUUGUCGCACACGUACAGGAGCUACAGAUCCCCCAUCGUUUCCGAUCUUACUUUCUACCGCCGUAGCCGCGGCACUCUUCAGCACGGACUUGGCCGCACCGACGAAGACAUCUACGAAUGCGCCAAGUACAACCCGUUGCGUCGCCCCCUAGCUAAGGGUGACAACAACCCAGCAUACCAAAUCGAGGAUCCGGGUCCCGUCUGCGGCCUGGACAAGGCCAUUCUCGGUUUGGAUCGGUAUCCGCAUGUGCCCAAUGCUGUUAUGAGUGGACCAUUGCUUCCGCGGCGCGGGCCUGUUGCCAAAGCCUCUACGGCCGGCGGUGCCCGCGCGGAUUCGAUGAGAGGCUCCUUCGCGCUGCCGGAAUGCGAGCAGCCGGCCGCCAUCACCGCGUUUUUCAGGCUCCCGGAGUUGUCUCUGAAGGUGCUCGAGCAUCUGGGCAGCCGCUGGGGCGAUCUGUCGAAUCUCAGCCGGACCUGCCAGACGCUGAUGUUCGCCAUCAACCAAGUCUCGACGCGGAUCAAUUUGACGAACGGAGUCUUUCUCAACGUCAAUUUCACGGACGACGAGAUCGACGAGGCGAACGCAAAGGCCCAGGACGACUUGCAUCCGAAACCCGGCUCGUGCCCGUUCCUGUUCUUUUCCAAGGUCAGGGGUAAAUUCGUCGACGACGACGAGGAGCAGGAUGCUGCGGGCAAGGACGCCAGCGGUGAGGCCGGGCGUGGCCUCGGACCGCCAACCGCGGAGCGCUGUGUUGUCGAUAUGUACCGAAUCCUCCGCGCUAUCCACGUCCGCGGAAACAACGUGCGCAUUCUGCACCUCCACUCGGUCAUGUUUCUCGACGUCCCGAUCCUCAAGCUGUGCCUGCAGGGGCUGCCGCGCCUGGCGGCCCUCGGGGUCCACAACUGCGAGCUUCUGCACUUCGGGGAGACCGUGGCCGUGCUGGAGGCCGUCAUCGAGCGCAACGGCGACGAGUCGCUGAGCCGCGUCGACGCCGACUUCUCCCCCUUCUACUACUUCGGCCCGCCGCGCGGGAAGGCGCGCCGGGGCGAGUACGGCGUGAUCCCGUCCGACGAGGGGCUCGUCGACACGCGGCUCGCCGUCGCGGCGGUCCUGGCCGUCGCCGUGCCCCUCGCGCUGGCCCACGGCGUCGACUGGUUCACGCCCGGGACCGGCAUGCGCCAGUUCCUCGAGCGCGUGCCCUUCGCGCCGGGUGCGCUCCGCUACGUCCUCGAGGCCCUGUACAACCUCUACGCCUUCGACGAGGGCGCCCACCACCCGCCCCCCCGCCGCACGCCGCCGCCGGCGUGCCCCCGCGAGAACGAGCGCCUCUACGAAGCCAUGAAGCGCACCCUGCACAACGACCUCCUCCUAGCCGCCGCCGGCGCCCCCAUGGACGCCUGCGCCAUCGGCCGCACCACCACCGCGCGCGGCCGCCUCGCCCUCGUCCACUGCGCCUUCUGCCACGUCGAGCUGCCCACCCUCUUCUUCACCGCCGAGUCCGUCCACCGCGCCCGCGACCAGGUCGAGUGCGCCGGCUGCCAGCUCGGCACCCUCCUCGCCUGCCAGGCCGAGCGCUUCUACGGCGAGAAGCUCGCCGUCGCCCGCGUGCUGCUGCCGCCCGGCGGCCGCGCCGCCGCCGCCCCCUCGCUCGCCGGCUUCCUCACCGCCCGCCGCACCGCCUCCGACGCCGAGAUCCGCGACCGCGCGUUCCCCUUCUACGACGUGUCGGUCGCGCCGCGCGCCGCGGUCCUCGCCGCCCUGCCGCUCCCCGACGACGACUGCGGCUUCUUCGUCCGCGACGCGCGCCCCGGCCCCGCCGCCCCCGCCGAGCUCAAGCAGGUCCACGUGUGGCGCGAGCGCGUCGUGCUGGCCGCCCGGCUCGCGCGCCGGUCCAUCGACCGCGGGCGCGCGUCUGCCGCCGCCGCCGUCGCGCGCUGCCGCGGCGACGCCGCCGCCCUCGACCACCGCUACUACAAGGGCCCGCCCAUGCCGGCGGCCGAGCGCGCCCGCAACCGCGACGCCCGCGCCGCCCUCGACCGCAGCAUCGCUUUCGAGCGCGCCCGCGUCGGCGACGGCCAGCUGAUGCUGCACGUCAGGGCCGUCGCCGGCCGCGCCGCCUCCUGGGACGACGCGGUCUACUACUACCGUCGCUGCGUCCAGGCCCUGAUCCGUGCCAGCCUCGAUGACGGCGACAACGACACCACUGCCCUCGAGAGCGUCGAUUUCGACUCCGCGCAAAAGAAGAGUGCGGGCGAGGAGCCUCGCACCGAUAACAGUGAAUCGGGAGGUAGCAGCGAAUCUGGAGAUGGUUAUUGGGCUUAG